AAAUCAUACACACACACUCUGGCUGUGAAGAAGCUUAUGAAGACGUGCAGAAAUCAGAGUGGAAUGGAGUAGCCUGUUAGAGAACUGUGGAGACAAAACUCAGGAAGGCAGGCAGGUCCGGGAUAGGCGCAAGAAUUCCCUCUUCUGGUUCUCACCGCUUCCUUCCCGCUUGGCAGAGCUGCGCACGACGUGCCUUGAAACAUGGCCCCCAAACGCCCAGCUUCGCUCCUGCCUAAAGCAAAGAAGCCUAGACUGGCUCCAGGCCCCAAGCUGGCAGACACAGGGGCCUCUAAGGGUCUGUCCAAGGGAGAAAAAGAACAAGAAGCAAUGGAACAUAUUGAUGAAAUACAGAAUGAAGUAGACACACUUUAUGAGCAAGCCAGCAAGGAGAUUUUGAAAGUAGAGCAGAAAUAUAACAAACUCCACCAACCAUUCUUUCAGAAGAGGUCAGAACUAAUUGCCAAAAUCCCCCAUUUUUGGGUAACAACAUUUGUCAAGCAUCCACGAGUAUCUCUACAGCUUGGAGAGGAGGAUGAAGAGGUGCUGCGUUAUCUGACCAGAGUCGAAGUGACAGAGUUUGAAGAGAUUUUAUCAGGUUACAGAAUAGAUUUUUAUUUUGAUGAAAAUCCCUACUUUAAAAAUAAAGUUCUCUCCAAGGAAUUUCAUGUGAAUGAGAGUGGGAGUCCAUCCUCAAAGUCCACUGAGAUCAAAUGGAAAUCCAGAAAGGACUUGAGAAAACGGUCAAGUCCAACACAGAACAAAGCCAGCAGGAAGAGACAACGCAAGGAGCCCGAGAGCUUCUUCACCUGGUUCAGCGACCACUCGGACCCCGGUGCUGCUGCGCUGGGCCAGGUCAUCAAGGACGACAUCUGGCCGAACCCACUGCGGUACUACUUGGCUCCAGAAAUGGACCAUGAGGAAGGGGAAGGAGAAGAGGGAGAAGAAGAAGAUGAUAAUGAUGAUGAAGGAUUGAAAGACAUUGAUGAAGAAGGGGAUGAGCUUGAAGGUGAGGAAGAUGAAGAUGAGCAUGAAGGUGAAGAAGGAGAGGUGGAUGAAGGAGCUGAUGACUAAUAGCACUGAUUGAUUCCAGUUUCUUUCCA